AUGGUGCGCCAGUCUAAGAAGCUGACGGACUGUCCGGAGAAUCUCCGGGAGUCCAUCGACUGGUUGAUACAGGUUAAGCAUGGGAAUGGUGAUGGCCUUGGGCCUUUGGCUGAGGCUUUGAAAAAGUUGAUUAAUGAUGCUAUUAAAAGUGCAACUGAGAGUCUUAAUAAUAGGCAAAAGGAACUUGAUUGCUAUAAGGAUCCUUAUGGUCCUAACUCCCAUUGUCAAACGCUUCUUAAUGAUAUUGAUAAAGCCAAAAAAUCUGGAGAUAAAGAUAAAAUAUCUAGAGCUCAAUCCAGGUAUAAUGGCCAUUAUUCCGAAGUACAUGGGUCUGACUCUAAAAGAAAGAGUGCUUUAGGUGAUAUUGAUGAGAGACGUAUCUCCCUUGGUACGCUUGCUGGACAGCUUUCGGGAUUUAUCGGCAGUGGACAGGAAGUUACUGACGCAAUUAAAGGUGCAAUUAGCGUCAUUACAAAAGGAAUAAAUGCGUGUAAUCAGUGUCAAGAACUUAAAAAAAAUUCGGAAAGCCUUCAGCCUUGCCACUGUCCUGAACACGACAAAAUAAAUGAUCUUCAGAAGAAACAAGGGGAAAUUGCCAAGCAAAAUGAAAAUCCUAAAAAGCUAUUAGAUAACCUCUGUCUCGGUUUAGAAAAGUUUUUAGGAUUCAACCCUGAUUCCAAAGGCUACGAUGGCACUGGCAUCGUGUACUCAGACCUUGACAGGCUGUGCGACGGGGUGAUGGCGUUCUUGCACGGGGUGCUUAGUGGAGUGAAGGAUGAUGAGGAGGAGGAAGUUUGUCAUUGGUAUUUCUAG